AUGGCAACUCUCGACACUCACACCAACGGCCACUUCAUGCCGAAGGACUUCCAUGCCCAUUCUACGGGCGGGAUUUUCGAUGUGGAGCUGUCUACUUCGCCGGAUACCUCCAACCACGUGCUGGAGAUGGGCCGAACGAGACGUAUGCCCCGCUCUAGCGACGUCCUCUCACGCGAUGGCAGUCCUAACGGCUCGACACGUUCGUACGGCAACGUCCGCAGCCACAGUCACAGUCACGGCCACAGCAGCCGCAUGAUGAGCAGCCGCAGUCGAAGGGGAUCAUGGGCCCAAAGUUACCAACGUCACCACAGCUCCGAGGUGUCCAAGGAGCUCACCGCUCAGGCCGAGGGCGAGUUCUUUGCCCUCACCGAGCUCAUGGCCAACAUGUCCCGGCGCAGCGGUUCCCUGAAAGAGGUUUGGAACAAGAUCAUCUCCGAGCGCGAGUCCUGCUAUUCCGAGAUGGAUAGGAUGCAGGAGCGCAUUGAGGAGUUUGCCGAGAUCAUCGAUCGCAAGGAGAGGGAACACGACCACCAUCACCACGACCACGAGGAGCGCAAGCAGGAGGUUCUCAAGAUCCGCCUCCAGCUCAAGUCUGCCGCCAACGACAAAGCCGAGUUCCAGACGAAGCUUGCCGAGAGAGAUGCCGAGUGUCGCGCUCUUAUUCACGAUAUCGCUCAGGUCAAGGACAAUCUGAGCCAUGUCCGAAGGGAGCACGAGGAGACGAAGAAGACGUCGGAGACCCACAGACACACAUUGUUGACGACCGAGACUGCUCGGGCGGAGCUUGAGGACAAGUAUGGAAAGCUUCGCAUCAAGUGUGACGGCAUUGACCUGAAGCUGACCGAGCUUCAAUCCCGUUACGAUGAUGUCACCAUCAAGUUCGACACCCAGCACAAGGAGCUCGUCCACGCAAAGCAGGUCAACUCGGUUCUCAAGAAGGAGAAGCAUGAAUGGCUUCACAGGGAGGGUGAGAUGGACGAGAUGCUGCGCAAGCAUGACCACAGACACGACGAGAUCAAGCGCAAGUGCAAGGAAUUCGAGGAGCGCCUCGAGAAGAAGCAACUCGAGGUCAAGGAGCUCCAGGAAACCAUCCCCAGGAUCGAGCAGCGCGUUCUCAAGGUGAAGCACGAGAAAACUGAGCUCGAACAGCACAUCGAGAAAUUGAAGCGCGACAUCAGCAAGGAGCACAACAGAUGGGAGGAGGCCGAGGACCGUUGCGGCAAGUGGAAGCUCAAGUGGGAGCACUCCGAGCGCGAGAUCGCCGCUGCUCGGGAGGACAUCACUCGCAUCGAGAUCUCCCACGGUGAGAUGCGCGACACGAUCUCAAAGAAGACGGAGGAGCUCCGUCUGCUCCACCUCGAGAAGAAGCGUCUCGAGGAGGAGGGCGGACGCCACUCCGGUCGCGCCGACGACACGCAUCGCCAGCUCACUCUCAUUCAAGAGACUCUCAGCCACGCCCAGUCCGAGCUCACCAAGUCCCAAGAGGAGGUCCACGUCAAGAAUGAGCGCAUCGAGCGCCUCGAGCUGGACUACACCACGGCGAAGACCCGGGCCAAGGACUACGAGAUCGAGGGCCAGAGCCACAGGUCUCUCGUCUCGACCCUCAAGCUCGAGAUUGACAACCUCACCAACGAGAACGGCAGCCUGAAGCAGAAGUGCCACACCUUGGAGUGCAAGUACGACGAGGUCUGCGAGAGCGUCACCGAGUACGAGGACGGCAACUCCGGAUACGACUUCGAGAUCAACAGCAUGCGCACCAUGCUGCGCGAGGCCAGGGAGCAGAAGGAGAAGGCCAUCACCGCCCGCAACUCGGCCGAUCGCGAGCGUGACGAGUACAUCGCCAAGUACGAGGAGAAGUGCCGCGAGAUGGAGAGGCUCGAGGAGAGGAUGACCCAGCAUAUGCAUGAGCAGCAAGGCCGCCGCCAGAGCAGCAGUAGCAAGACUGUUUUGCGACAUGCUUCUAGGCAGGGCAGCCACAGCCAUGGCAGCCACCACCACCAUCACCACCACCACUCUGGCGCUAGCGAGUUCGGAACGACUGAAACUUGCUAA